AUACUUCGCUGUCAAUUGUCUCGACUUGCCACAGUCAGCUUUGGGAGCGCCUAUCCCAAACUACUCGGCCUGUGAAUUUGCCUGCUGUCAAUUUGGUUUUUCACUGCAAAAUGACAGAUAAAGGACUUACGGAUGAGGCUGUGUCCGCAGCGUGCAAAGAAGGGGACCCUAUCACCCAGGAUUACAUGUUGCAGCAAACUAUGCUGAGGGUGAAAGACCCACUCAAGUCUUUAGACUUCUACACACGCAUCAUGGGCAUGACGUUGCUGCAGAAAAUAGACUUCCCAUCAAUGUGCUUCACACUCUACUUCCUGGGUUAUGAGGAAAAGAAGGAAAUCCCUGCAGACAUAAAGGACAAGACAGCAUGGACUUUCUCCCGACGAGCCACCAUUGAACUCACACACAACUGGGGCUCUGAAUCAGAUGAAAAUCUAUCUUAUCACAAUGGAAACGCUGAGCCAAAAGGUUUUGGGCACAUCGGAAUUGCUGUACCUGAUGUUUAUGCAGCCUGCAAAGUAUUUGAAGAAAAAGGAGUAACAUUUGUUAAGAAGCCAGAUGAUGGUAAAAUGAAGGGACUGGCCUUUAUACAGGAUCCUGAUGGAUACUGGAUUGAGAUUUUGAGUCCAAACAACAUGUUCACCGUAACGUCAUCCAAGCGUCAAACUGAGAUAGUACAAACUGACUUGGUCAGAAAAAGGAUGUGAUGAAAAAGUAAGAGAGAAAUUGGAGGAACCAAAGGGUGUUAUGUGAGGAAAUUAACAGGUGAAGAUUGAGUAUUUGCUUACGAUUGGGAUCACAUACAGAUACCCUCUGAAGGGCUACUUAAAAUAACAAUAGCGGAAGUAUAUUUUAAUAUAUUACAAAUAUACUGACGUAUACUUAAAUAUACUACAAGUUCAUAUAAUAUACUGCAAAUACGAGAUGUACUUUUCUAGUAUAUCUUAGGUUUACUAUACAUAUUAUAUCAUUACACUUCAAUACAAUUACUACAAGUGUACUUAAAAUGCAUUGUUUUUCAGUCUUUAAACUAUAUGUUACCUAUCAUUACACUUAACACACUUAUUACAAUUGUAUUUUUAAUGAAUUGUUUUCAGUGUUUUAGUAUACUAUAUGUUCAUUAUCAUUACACUUAAACACACUUACAAAUACUUCAUAUACUUGAAUUGUACUUUAGUAUAUUCAUUCAAAAUACACUUAGAGUUGUUUUUAAGUUGAACCAUUGAUUUGUUUAAUGAAACUCUGCUGUGAGUGAUCAAGUACACUUUAAGUAUAAUUUCAGUGCCAAAAAUGAGUUUUGAGGUACUUUCUGAAUUCCUGUUCAGAAGAGUGCAGAGAAAAAGAAAGUUGACAAUGAUAAUAAUUGUUUAUUCCACAUAAGGAAACAUGCACAGCUGAGGAACAUGCUUCCUGAGAGUAUACUUUUUCAUAUCUCAAGAAAAUAUACUUAAAGAAAACUCCACCCAAAAACUAUCUGUUGGUAUAUGUUUCAUUAGUCCAUUGUUGAUAUUGUCCCACAAUAAUUUGCAUGUCAGCAAUCACGUUUUCAAGAUAUAUAACUUUAAAAAUACAGAAAUACAACCGGUAUGAUGUUUUUUGUAUAGUUGAAAGAGAUGGGGCAAAAGGAGUGGCAGACUUACUGCAAAUUGAGAAAUGAUGUGAAUAAACUACAACUACAAAAAAUAAGAAACUGUAUUAUGAAGCCAAGAAUCAAUAAAAUAAAGAAUGAUGGCAAAAAACUUUGGAGUACUUUAAAUGAAAUUAUGGGCAGAAAGACAAAUUAAACUCCAUCUUUCAUCAAAUCAGAUGGCUUAUUUAUCUUGAACCUUUUGAUGAUGCCAAUUAUUACUUAAAUGGCAAAGUGGGAAAACUUAGGCAGCAAAUGCCAACAACGAACAGUGAGUCAUCGUAUUCAUGCAUAAAAAAAACAAAUAAUGAAAGAAAACCAUUGUAAGUUAGAUUUUUUUUAGUGUGGGAGAGGUGGAAACAUUAUUGUUAUGGAUUAAUAAUGACAAACCUCCUGGAUGGAAAGCUACUAAGAACGGUAGCUGACUCUAUAGCCAGUCCUAAAUGUAAUAUCUUUAAUCUGAGCCUAGAGGAAAGUGUUUGUCCUCAGGCCUGGAGGGAAGCCAAAGUAAUUACGCUACCCAAGAAUGGUA